GUUGAGGCAUCCCAGGGACAGGAUUUAGGGAACCGCGGUCAACAUCAUGUUUUUGGGCUCUCACAGCAGCCCCAUAACAGCGUGGCGAGGUUGGAUCCGCUGCUCGCAACGAAUCGUAUGUAGUAAUUCAGUAUCUCUCUUUCCGUCGUUGAUCUGGUAAUGCUCUGUCUGCUCACACAAUGCAAAUACCCACAAGACUACAGCCCAGUCGCACGGCUGGUCUCUUCGAAAUCUUACGACGCCGACGAUCUUUUUGGCCUUCUCGUAAGGCUGUCUCUUAGCGAUGAUGAGCUGCCCUCUCUGGCAACACGACAUGCCAUCAGUGCGUUGUCGUAUCAGCAUCUGCGCAUGGAAGAAACGGCAGUCAUGCAUCAGACCUGCGCAAUUCGUGCUCUCCAAGCGUCCAUCGAGAACCUCGACCCAUCGCGAGCCAUGCAGACGAUGGCGGCGAGCAUGUUGCUUAGUAUUUUCGAGACACUGAACUUCGAGACGUCGGCUCUCAGUUGGUCCAUCUUCUUCUGCGGCACCAAGAGGAUUGCGAGUCUUGUAACUCAAAAGAACGACAUUUACUUCGGCGAUGAAGCACUAAUCAUGGACUGGAUCUUCUACAACGACACCAUGUACAAGUUCAGCAUCCGACACUGGAGGGAUAAGAAUGAGGACCAGAUUGAGCUAGCGGCGCAGGAAAAAGUUAUAUCCAAGGCUGUGUUUUCGCCCGAAAGGCAAAUUAUAGUGCCAAUCCUAGGCUGUUCUCUCGAAUUGUUAGAUCUUGUCUGCCAAGUUAUCGACAGCGUACUCGAUCGCGGCGAUCCCCACUACCACUCCCAGGUGCAUCUAAAAACGACCAGAUCCCUCGAGAUCCGUCUGCAAGAUCUGGAGCAGCGGCACAGCGGGGUCUCGGACGUUGAUCCCGAGGAAGUAGUCCGCCAAACCAACAUCGCAGAGCUCUUCCGUCUGGCGACACUGACGUACCUCUACCGGUUGGCCAGAGGUGAACCCAGAGACUCCGCAGCCGCCGACGGAGUAAUCAACCGGGCGUUCGCCGUCCUGGGCCGGCUUGAAUACUGCGAGCGGCCUUGGCCCCUCUUUAUCAUUGCUCUUGAAGCGCGCACGGAAGAGCAGCGCACGGCGGUUCUGGCGGUUCUGAAAGGGUCUUUGGUACGACAACCGCUGGGCACAACGGCUCUAGCAAACCGCAUGAUUCAUGACGCGUGGAUACAACAGGAUCUUCACGAGGCUGAGAUGGACAGUUUGACAUUGUAUGGUCUCAUUAUCAGCCGAAACCGGGUGCCGCCAUGCUUCACAUAAGCAAAUGGAUUGUUUUCUAGCAAAGAGUGAUAGUAUUUGUGGUUGUGGAACGAUAUUUGGCAAAAGAUGAAACGAGGGCAAAUAUCUAUAUUAAUUAUCCCGGCCGUGAAUGCUAUGUAAUGUAGUGUCCCAAGACUCCUGGACCUCCAACCUUUCUAUGCAGCGACUAGAUACUCAAUAAUUAAGAUCUAACAG